AUGUGCUGUUACGUCAGCGUCAGUUUGACAAGCAUGAGGCGCAUUCUCAGUGCGAAUUUAUUAUUGAGGCAGAGCAGUUUAUUUCUUAGAAAUCCUCGUGCUCAUGCCUCUCUGACAGCGGGUCAACAACGUGUCUGUUCACGGAAUUUCUGCUGGAAAUCAUCGAGCGCCGACACAAACAUGGACCUGAGUAACAUGAGGAAGAAAUACAAAGGAGAUGAGGACUGCUUUGAGGAGAGCCAGCUUGUGUCUCUGGACCCGAUCACUCAGUUUGGGAACUGGUUCGAUCAAGCCACAAAGUGCCCUGAAAUCGGAGAGGCAAAUGCUAUGUGCAUCGCCACAGCCACCAAAGAUGGACGCCCCUCGGCUCGUAUGGUCCUCCUGAAAGGUUACAGCAACGAGGGUUUCCGUUUCUUCUCCAACUACGAGAGCAGGAAGGGUUCUGAGCUGGAAAGCAAUCCCCAUGCAUGUCUUGUCUUCUACUGGGAACCCCUUAACCGACAGAUUCGCAUUGAGGGCAAUGUGGAGAGAAUCCCCUUCCAGAGCUCCUGUGACUACUUCCACUCCCGGCCAAAGAGCAGCCAGAUCGGGGCCGUUGUGAGCCGACAGAGCACGCCGGUUCCUAACAGAGAUUAUUUAAGGCAGAAGAAUGCAGAGCUGGAGGAGAAGUACAAAGACACAGAUGUGCCUAUGCCUGAUUACUGGGGCGGCUACAUCGUCAAGCCCUUCCUGAUAGAGUUCUGGCAGGGUCAGACCAACCGGCUGCACGACCGCAUCGUCUUCACCCGGCCCAAAGAGGGAGAGGCGGAGCUGGGGGAGUUUCAGCACGCUGCCGAGGGGGGCUGGGUGUACGAGCGCCAGUCCCCGUGAGAACUACCUCAACUUAUCGUUCAUAAUCAAAUGUGUUCACCUCUAUGGAAGUAAGCGCUCGUCUCUAGGUACUUCAAUGUUGAUUUCAUAGGUGCUACUGUGUGAAGGAUUUAUCUGUCAUCUCCUCGUUCUUUAUGUCAGUUCAUAUAUUUGGAGGUGUGACGCUCUUGCUGUACAACUUGAAUUGUCUUUAUGUCAAGUCAUAAAGUCUACUUUUAUGAUGUUUAUUAAGUAAUAGAGGCACCACCUAUUUCUCCUAUAAACAGUACAAUACCAGACAUGUAACGGAAAAUGUACACAUUUCCAAUUAAAAGCAUUUCAGCUCAGCUCAGAUAGAAAAUGUAUGGCAGAGCUGCAACAUGGAAUUGUAACACAUCGUACAAGUGUUCCUAAUAAGGGGGCCUCUGAUGGUAUUCAUUGUUUUGUUUGUUUUUUCUAAAAUGUUGUAAAAUGUUAUGUUUGAUUGUAGUCAAACCAAG